AUGGCGAAGAGAAAGGCCUCUGAGUUGAAGCAGGCCGAGUCGCGUGUCGACUCGGCUAAGACCAAGGACGAGGAGGAGGAUGUUUUGGCGCUUAGCGGCGGUUUGGUUGCUGAGAGCGACGACGAUAGCGACGCUGAAGACCGUGAACUUGAGAAGCUUCUCGGUGAGGAGGCUGAUGAAGAAGACGAAAAUGAAGAUGAUGAAGAAGAAGAAGAGAACGAGGAUGAGGACGACGAGGAGGAAGACGAUGAAGAUGAGGAGGAAGAUGAGGAAGAUGUCGACCCUCGUAUUCUAAAGGAUUUGGAGAACAUCAAGUUCAGAUCUUUGUCGGAUGAUUCAGAGGACGAGUCGAAUGUAAGGUAUGAACCUGGUUCGGAUGGCAAAUUAAGACCCAUCCGUCCUGAGAUCGAUCCUGUUUAUGACAGUGACGACACAGAUGGCGAGGAAACCAAUACAAUUGGCAAUAUCCCUAUAUCUGCCUAUGAUAAGCUACCUCAUAUUGGUUACGAUAUUGACGGUAAACGGGUCAUGAGACCUGCCAGUGCUAGUGCUCUGGAUACUCUUUUGGAGUCGAUUGACCUGCCAGAAGGUUGGACUGGAUUGUUGGACAAGAAUACUGGUGGUGGCUUGAAGCUAUCAGCCGAGGAGUUGGAUCUCAUUAAGAAGAUUCAAAGAGGUGAGAACCCCGACGACUCGGUCAAUCCAUAUGAAGAUACUAUUGAGUACUUCUCUAGUCAGACCGAGGUUAUGCCUUUAACGGCCAUCCCAGAACCCAAGAGAAGAUUCAUUCCCUCUAAACACGAGGCCAAGCGGGUCAUGAAGAUUGUCCGUGCUAUUCGUGAGGGUAGAAUCGUGCUCAAGUCUGCCGAAGAAAAGGCCAAAGAGUUGGAAGAGGCCACUCAUUAUGAUAUUUGGGCUGAUAACGCUGAUGAGAUUCCUGAUCACAUCAUGACGUUACGAGCUCCCAAACUCCCCCCUCCUACACAUGACGAAUCUUAUAACCCUCCUGAGGAAUAUCUUCCUGACGAGGAAGAGAUUGAGCAGUGGAAAAAUAUGGACCCUGCCGACAGAGAGAGAAACUAUGUUCCCAAGAAAUACGGUUCUCUGAGAAGAGUUCCCGGUUAUAGUGAGGGUGUUCGUGAAAGAUUCGAGCGUUCUCUGGACUUGUAUCUGGCUCCACGUGUUCGUAGACAGAAGCUUAAUAUCGAUCCUGACUCCUUGAUCCCAGAUCUUCCAUCCCCAAAGGAUCUACGUCCUUUCCCCAUCAAAUGUGCUACUAUUUUCAGAGGUCAUGUUGGCAAGGUUCGAUCCGUUAGUUUCGACCCUUCAGGACAAUUUGUUGCCACUGGUGGUGAUGAUGGUACUGUCAGAGUUUGGGAACUGCUCACUGGUCGUGAGUUGUGGAGACUGGAUGUUCUUAAACAUGAUAACUACGAUAACCAAGAUGAGUCUGAUGAUGAGGAUGAUGAGGAUCAAAUGAAGGAGCGUGCCAGCGGCGAAGACCACGUUGAGGCUGUGGAGUGGAAUCCUCAAACCGGCACUGGUUUACUAGCUAUUUCUGCUGGUGAGAAUAUAUAUCUUGUUGUUCCACCGGUAUUCGACGUCGAAAUUGAAAAUAGAGGUCGCGAGAUCAUUGAAGCAGGUUGGGGAUACGCCAGUAACGGAGCUAGUGGCCCAUCUCAAGUCAAGAGCAAAGAUCUUAGGGAAGAUGGUGACGAUGAUGAAGACGAGGUUGAGGCUGCUGCUGCCGAAGCUAAGAAGAAGAUUUUCGCUAAAUGGACCAAACCUGUUGCCAAGCUGUCUGAUAAUGGUGUUGGUGUCGUGGUGAGAUGCAAGAGGACUGUCAAGAAGCUGUCAUGGCACCGACGUGGUGACUAUUUUGUCACUGUAUCGCCGGAAGGUGCCAACUCGGCUGUUCUUAUUCACCAGCUUUCUAAACACUCUUCACAAUCCCCAUUCCGUAAAUCAAAGGGUAUUGUACAAGAUGCUAUGUUCCAUCCUUUCCGUCCCCAUCUGUACGUUGGAACACAGCGUUAUGUGCGUAUCUACGACUUGGCUGCUCAAGUUCUUACCAAGAAGUUGUUGCCUGGUGUGAGAUGGCUCAGUUCCUUCGACAUUCACCCUCGUGGUGACAACGUCAUUACAUCUUCAUAUGAUAAGCGUAUGACCUGGCAUGAUCUGGAUCUGUCGUCCAAGCCAUAUAAAACUCUACGAUACCACGAAAAGGCUGUCAGAGACGUUAGCUUCCACAAGGGUGGCCUACCGUUGUUCUGUUCUGCCUCUGACGAUGGUAACAUCAACGUUUUCCAUGGCUCUGUCUACGACGACAUGAUGAAGAACCCACUAUUAGUACCGCUGAAGGUUCUCAAGGGCCACGAGAUCAAGAAUAGUUUGGGAAUUCUCAACGUCGUGUGGCACCCCAAAGAAGCUUGGCUCCUCAGUGCUGGUGCCGAUGGUACCGCUCGGUUGUGGACCGCUUAA